GAUAUUCAAGGAGAGGUCGUUUCUUAGAACAAAAACAUGUUGAUUGCUGUGCUAGAAGAAAAAACAACAGAUUUGAAAGAGAAAAUAUAAGGCAUUUCAUUUUCUUGAGUUGGGGGAUGAAGGGGGCAUGGAUUUUUGGCCAGAGUUUCUUGCAAGUAGUUGGGGCAAAGAGUUUGUAGCGGGUGGAUUUGGAGGAAUAGCUGGUCUCAUUUCUGGUUAUCCUCUCGACAGCAUCAGAGUUCGCCAGCAGAAUUCCAAGAGUGGUUCUGCUUUCAACGUUUUCCGCCAUGUAGUAGCCAAAGAAGGUCCCCUCUCUCUCUACAGGGGCAUGGCGGCUCCUCUAGCAUCCGUCACUUUUCAGAAUGCCAUGGUAUUUCAGAUCUAUGCAACCCUAUCGCAAACAUUUGACAGAAAGGUCCCAGCAACCGAUCCACCCUCAUACAAAGGAGUGGCUUUGGGUGGCAUUGCAGCAGGAGCAAUUCAGAGCCUAAUCAUCAGCCCUGUAGAACUGGUGAAAAUACAACUACAAUUGCAAAGCAAGACCAAUCAGUGCAACAAUCAAGUAACUAGACUCAAGGGUCCAAGAGAUGUCACAAGAAGAAUUGUCAGUCAGGCAGGUUUGAGAGGGAUCUAUCGAGGAUUAACCGUAACACUCCUCAGAGAUGCACACUCUCACGGACUAUAUUUCUGGGUAUAUGAGUAUACUAAGGAGCAACUUCAUCCUGGCUGUCGCAAGAAUGGUCAAGAGAGCUUCCAAACGAUGCUCGUAGCAGGUGGUCUUGCAGGGUCUGUUAGCUGGAUAAGCUGCUACCCCUUAGAUGUUGUUAAGACCAGACUCCAAGCUCAAUCACAGUCUAAAUCUGCAAAAUACCAUGGUAUUGUUGAUUGCUUCAGGCAAAGCGUAAGAACAGAGGGAUACGGUGUGCUUUGGCGAGGCGUUGGAACUACAGUUGGCAGAGCAUUCCUAGUGAAUGGGUCUAUAUUCACUGCAUAUGAAACUGCCCUGAGGUUCCUUUGCAAGCCACAAUGAAAAUGAUCAAAUGUGAAAAUGCAAUUAUAAUACAGGACUAAAGAUUUUCUUUAAUAUGCAUCAUCAUGUUGUUGAAAGAGAAAACAUUAACAGUA